AACCCGGAAGCGCUAUUAAACCGACGUGGAAUCCCAAGCCGGAUUUUCUCAUCGCUGACAUAGGCAUAGCUAGAUCUAGGACUAUAUAAUAUUGGUACCUGGUAUUGACUACGUGUAGCUGUAGAGGGAUGGCUUCUUCGUCAACCAAUCCCUUUUCUCUCCUUGUCUCAACAAACGAAGAAAAACAAGGCUCUGUUCAGAAUAUCAGUCAUCCUGAUAAAUCAGGAAUGAUGGAGGUGGAUGUGACGGCCAGAGAGAUCAGUUUAAUAGAUGCAGUCAUUCAACAAGUCUUCCUUAUAACGGUAGAUCAAGAGGGAACAACAUUAGAUGAAGGGAUGCCUCCUAAGUGUGUGUUCUUGGUUGAUAUGUCAGACCAGCUUGAGAAAGAGCAUAGUGAACCAUGGUCGUGGCUCUCAUGGGAGAGCAUUGAUAUGGCCAUCUUUGAGAGAUUACUUCUCCAAGACCCAUCAUUCCAUGUCCUUCACAUGACGUCAUCUAUUGCAAACUUUGAUGAGGAGGAGAAGAGGGCCGGGGAGAAAGAUAUCCUGCGUUAUCUUCUCUCAUCCUACACCAGAGCAGCUGCCUUAGUAAAAAACAGUCAGAAUGAAAAGGCUGACUACGCCAUGAAAUGUCAGCGUAUAGCUGUAUCCAAUGCAGCUACAUGUCUCCUUACUCCAGAAGUGUACAACAACCAGAACACAAGGCAGCAAUUAUUUGAUAUCCUCCUCCAGUCAUACACAAAGGAAGAUGAUUGGGAUAUAGCAGUCAAGUUCUUCCAUGAGGUAGCAGAAGCUAUCCACUUGGAUGACUCUCUACCAAUCACAGAAGCGUUUACUCCAGUGUUAGAAAUCCUCUACAAGAAGAUGAUAGCUAGUCCCGCAUUGGUUGAUCCUCUUAACUAUGCUUACUGUGAAAUCAUGGGAUUCUAUGCAAGACAACCACAGCUUGCUAAAGUCCUAAUGGAUUUCAUAACACCAUCAGAUCCGCUGAACGCCAAGAGUUACGAGAAGACCCCUGUCGGUCUUAUCCUGUCACUAUCCUGUAUACCCAGAGACAAUCAGGAACCGCAGUUCUUUGAGAGGCCAUCUAGGACAUCGGGAAGAGAACACCAAGCCACACAGGAAUAUAUAUGGCAGCCCGUUGGUAAACUGACAGAACAUAUUUACAGGAUAUUCCGAUCUCUCUUCAAGACUUCAUUAGAAAUCAGGAAUAGUUUACUUGCUUGGAUAGGCAGGUGUAUACAUGCUAAUGCAGGACGAACAAAGAUGUGGUCGAGGCGACUUCCGACCUUCGCCCUUAUGUAUGCCAGUGAUUCCUUCUUCCUUAACCUGUCCUCCGUCCUGUUGAGAUUCUGUGGCCCCUUCACCAAACCAGACACGACCAAUAUCACAACAGUUGAUAUGAGCUAUGCUAGUGUGGACCUGCCUGUUGGUGCAUCGGAAAGCCAAAUGAGUGAGCUUGGUGUUCAUCUUGUAGGUCUUCCGAAAGAGACCAGGAUGCUCCACCGGGAAGGAGAGGAGAACAACCGCGUACCCACCCAUCCUCCCUACAACUUUGCCACCGGCAUCUUCUUCCUGACCCAGCGAUGUCUUCAGCUCGGUUUCCAAACCUUGGUGGAACUCUUCUACAAUGUCAACCGUGAGCUUCAUCAUGUCCAGCAAGCCUUCCAGGAGAUGGUCCAGCAGAUGGGUGGUCCCAGGGCUGGUCCCGUCAUGUCACAGCUCCAUGAGAAGAUGGAUAAAGCCAUGACAUUAUUCCUUAGCAUCAAGACAUCACUCCUAGAGCCUCAAUUUCUUGAGAUGGCAUUCAACCUCCACAUAGCAACGGCUCGCAUCGUCACCCAGUAUGCUACGUCAGAUGAUGUGACAGUUCUGACCACACCCAACCUGCCUCUCCAGGGGGAACCCCCUUCGCAUCUUGUCACCGUCCCAGAGUGCCUGGCAGAGAACCUUGUCACGUACCUGCAGUUCUUGAGGAGGUUUGCUGAGGCAAAGUUCGAAGAUGGAGGUGACGCAUUGAAGCAUGUGAUGACAUUUGUGAUCAUCUUCAUGGGCAACAAGAGUCACAUUACCAACCCUCAUCUGAGAGCUAAGCUUGCUGAGAUCUUAGAAGGUCUGAUGCCCGAAGAGAAGUCUGGAAGCAGAGGCAUCGUAGUUCCUAUUUUCCACCGUCAGAAAGCCUUCAAUGAGCAUCCGCUUGGAGAACAAAUAUCCCGUUCUCUGAUCAGUAUCUUUGUGGAUAUUGAGUUUACCGGUGAUCCUCAUCAGUUUGAGCAGAAGUUCAACUACCGUCGGCCGAUGUACAAGGUUCUGAAGUACCUCUGGGGGAUGCCGCAGCACAGGAAUCAAAUAAAGUUGGUUGCUCAUGAAGCAAUGUCCCAUAUGGAAGAUGCCAACGCUCCCCUCUUCCUGAAGUUCAUCAACCAUCUCAUCAACGAUUCCAUCUUCCUCCUUGAUGAAGCCUUAGAUUAUGUGAAGAAAAUCAAGGUUCUCCAAGAGCAGCGAGAAGGAGGGGAAUGGAUGCAGCUACCACCGACAGAAAGAAGACAACAAGAAGACUCGUUGAGACAAACAUGUGCCAUUGCCAGGUUCUAUAACAUCAUGUCAAAUGAGACAAUGAGUACUCUUGUCUACAUCACAAGUGAGAUCACAGACAUCUUUAUCCAUCCAGUCAUGGUCAACAGAGUGGCAAUGAUGUUUAACAACUUCCUACACAAACUGGUUGGUCCCAACAAGAUAGCCCUGAAGGUGCAUGACUUUGAGGAGAUCGAGUUCAACCCUAAACAGCUGGUCAGGGACAUAUGCCGUCUGUACAUAAACCUGGGAAAAGAGGUGAGGUUCUGCAGGGCUACGGCCGAGGACGAGGUCAACUAUACACCCAUGCUGUUUAUCAGGGCAGAGAAGGUCCUGGAUAAGAUCUGUAUGGACAGGGAAAUGAUCGACGAGAUGAAGCAGUUUGCUGAGCAAGUCAAGUCUCUGAGUGAGACAAAUGUGAUGGAACAGGAAAUGUAUGCUGAUGCUCCAGAUGAGUUCACUGACCCCUUGACCUUUACCCUCAUGGAAGACCCUGUGACCUUACCGACCUCUGGCAUGAACAUCGAUCGAUCCACGAUAGCAAGGCAUUUACUCAGUGAUCAAACCGACCCAUUCAACAGGGCACCAUUGACUAUGGAAGAAGUACAGUCAAAUCCACAACUCAAAGCUGAGAUAGAGGCAUGGAAACAAGAACAAAAAGAUAAGAUAAAAUAACAUUAACAAAGCCACCACCACCUCUUCUCUACAUUUUGCAUACAAAUGUUCUUUUGCUGGGUCUGUGUAAUGCUGACCAUCAGUUUAUUUGUUUCACGAGGAAUUUGCCACAAACAUCCAUUAUCAUGAGUGGAUUGUGGGUCAAAUACUUGUUCCUAAGACAUUCAAAAUGGCAUGACCCACAAAUGAAAGUUGAAUAAUUUUGACAUUUCUAGCAUCCAACAAUUUUAGCCUAGAUAAUGGUUUAAGUGAAACCAAGUACCAAAUAAUUGUUUAUUAGUGUAUAAUGAAUUUGGAUUAAGUUUUCGGAAGAUUAUUUGAUCUCGUGAAUAGUAAAGGAGGAUUUUGAAAACCUAGCAUUCCAUAUUACUGAAAAAAAUUAAUGCUGAAUCUUAUCAGCAAACUGAUUAAUUAUUGUUCACCUUCUCUCUGCUUUUUAUUUUAUUUCAAUCAUAUUAUGACUACCUACAUGUACAUGUUGCUGAUUUUUUUUUUGUAAACUUUAACACUAUCAAAAAGUUUGCAACAGUAUUUUUAUUUUCCUUUUUGCUUUUGAAAAAAAAAUUCCCUCAAAAUAUCAUGUUGAAUUCUUAGUUAUAAUUUAUAUCUUGAAAGGUUAACAACUUUUUGAUUGAUAGCAUGUUGGCACAGGCCAUUCAGCAGGUAUCAAAUUUUGUUUGGAAUAUUUCCAUUGUGUAUCUAAAUGUUUUUAUGUGAUUGGAUAAUUUGAUGAAGAUUCAUGUACUCAUGCUGCUUUAUUUGAUGAAUAUUUAUGCUGCUUUUGUUUUCAGUGAAUGUUCAUGCUUUUUUUUAUUCUACAUGUAUAUACAUGUAAUUGGCUCUUAUAGAGUACAGAAGUGUGACAUCAAUUUUCACUUUUUGUAUUUCAGCAUAUUUGAUACCAUAUUUUGGUAGAGCAUGAUGAAAAACACCCACAACCCAAAUUUGGUGGGAAUCGGUCCAUGGGGGCCUUACAUGUAGAUAUGACCUCAUGAAUACAUAAUUAGCCCCAUUGAAGUCAAUGUAUUAUUGGCUUGGUUCGUACCUUUUAAAACCAAGCCAAUAAUACAUUGACUUCAAUGGGGCUAAUUAUGUAUUCAUGAGGACAUAUCUAAGGCCCCCAUGGACCGAUUCCCACCAAAUUUGGGUUGUGGGGGGUUUUCAUCAUGCUCUACCAUAAUUUUUAAUAAAAAAUGCUGAAAUGCAAACAAAAAAUUUUUGUGACGUCAUCGCUUUGGUACUCUAUAUUCUCUUAUAAACUUGACCCAAUGCAUAUUAGAUUGAGUAGUUUGUAUAUGUAUCUGCACUCCAAUUUUUCUAAACGUAUUUCAGGGCCCUGUAACAUAAAGCCUAUCAAUUGAUCAUGGGACUGUUUUAUACGAUUGAUUGCAUUGAUUAUUGUAUAUGAUCAGUCGUAAAAAUCAGCCUUGCAAUCUAUCACUAAGCUUUAAAUGAUAUGCCCCAAAGCAAAGGGACUUGGAAAUCCAUAUUUUUUUCUUCUUCUUCAUUUGUUAUCGUUAGUGGUCAAGGAAUAUGCAUUUAAAUGUUUGUAUGCAUCAGGGUAAACUUAUUAUUCACUCCAAUCCUUUUCAAAUUUUGAAUUGUUAACUCCUUGAUGUAGGUAUAAGAGAUACAUGGUAAUUGUUCAUUACAGGUCUUGUACGGAAGCCCUAGGUCUAGGUGUGUACAUUCAUUAUACCAUUAUCUUCAAGAGUUUAAAUUGAUACUCUUUUUUUUCAUUAUGCAUUUUCCCAUUACACUUUGGCUUAGCUACAUUGGUUUAGAAGUGAAAACUUAAGGAAUUUGUUAUAUUUGGCAGUACUAUAUCUUUGUAGAUAUUCCAAUACAUAUAUUUUGGUUUUUGAGUAUUUAUACUUGUAAAGUAAGAUUUGAUUGUAUGAAAAGGGUAUCUCAUAUAGGUUAAGUGGAAUUUUAGGCAGGCUUGCCUAGGUUUCCCUUUGUGAUUAGUAUUUUAAAUAUGUCAAUAUAUGGAUCAGUGAUCUGAUUGGUUUAUAUCAACUUUGUCUAAUACCAAUUCAGUACAAUUCUUGUUUCAUCUAAUGUUUUUUUUGUCUUCAAAAUUCAUUUCAGGGGCGGAUCCAGGAUUUUCCAAAAGGGGAAGGGCACAUUUUCCCUAUUAAAAUUUGACAAGGAAAAAAGGUCCUCGCUUUCAAAGAGGGGGGGGGGCACACUUUGGUAAAAAUGGCAUAUUUACAUUUAAAUUUAUUACGCUCUCAGGGGGGGGCAGGGGCCGGAUGUGCCCCCCCCCCCCCCAGAUCGCCACUGAUUCAUUUAACCUUCUAGACUAAAGUGGUGUUUAUAUUCGGUGGUUAUUACAUGAAAUGGGUAUACAUGUAGCCUUACUAGUAAUUUUAAGCCAAAAUGGGCUAAUGAAUGGACUAAAUGACAGUGGUUAGUAGAUGAAAUGGUUGUAGAUAAAGUGGAUGUAUACCAAUCAGCAAUUUGCUGGCUGAUCAGGGGCCCGUAACACAAAACUUAGCAAUGAUCGUAGAACAAUUAUCUACGACUGAUUCCAUAGACUACAAUGUACAAUCAAUCGUAGAAAUCAAGCGUACGAUCAAUCGCUAACCUUUGUGUUACGGGACCCAGAUGUAUAGAAAGGUAUCUUUGUGCAAUACAGUGAAGAUUAUGGUGAUAUGCAGAUGGAAAAUGUGAUGAAUUAUAAAAUCUGGUGAUUUGAUUAAUUUCUUUCUUUAAAAUUUUAUGUUUUGGGGCAUUUCUCUUAAAUAUUGUCGAAUGUCCUGAUGGCACACAUUCGUAUUUCAGAUAUAGGCGGGGUGGAGUGACGUCACAUCUGCUUAACGACAGCACUGACCAUAGUGCAAUGAAAACGGUGAAAUAAUAUCAGAAACAGCACUGAAAAUUUCAGAAAGGUUUGUAAACUUCCGGAUGAAAUGGGUGAACUUGAUUAUCACGACGUUCAGCACAAAGUAUGAAUGCGAUGUUUUGUGUAUUAUGCAUUGUAGGCAUGCCAAAACGCAGCGCUGCUGUACGGGUCACUAGUGCAUUGUUUUCAAAUUCAUCGGCUGGACAGUUGCUAGGGCUCGAGAUUAAAAAUGCCCAGAUGUUCGCCUUGGUCUAUCGACCUGUUCAGUGCAGGAAAAUAUGAUAAUGGUGAAAGGGGUUGGUAUAUUUUCUUGUUUGUGAUAGCAGUGUUUCAUGUGACAUGUUUGUCAUGUUCAUCUAUGUUUAUAUUUUUUUAAAGGGCUAAACAUAUUUUUGUGAAUAUCUAACUGCCACAUUGUUACCCAGGCCCUCUUUUUUUUUUUUUUUUGGGGGGGGGGGGGGGAGUUGGAAUGGGGAUAUUGUGUUAUAUAAUUAUUGGUUCAUUUGGUUUCUUGAGCACCCUGAAACAAUCCAGCCCCCAAUAUAUUCUUAAAUAUGUUUUUGUUUCGGUAACUGUUGAUCAAGUACAUGUACACAAAACUUUGUACAAAGAUCUUUGAUUGUUUUGUUUAAAUUGUUUUUAAUACUUCAUGGAAAUGAUAUAUUCAUGUAGUAUAAUAUGUACACGUAUAUUGCUCUAUCCAAAUUUUGAGACUUCUGAAUUUUGAGAUAUUUUGACUAUGUGAUUGUAUUGUGGAGAUUAUGUGUAUAUUUAUUAGAUAUCAUUUUACUUAUUUCAGAUAAUGAAAUAAAGAAAGCUAUGUAAAAGAAA